CCACACCUUAAACUGCCGAUUAGGAAACUACACUAUGUAGGUCUUAGGUCUAGGCGAUUUGAGACACAGCCUUAGACAGACACCUGACAUUAUGUGCUAAAUUCUUAAAGCUCUUUACUCACAUGUUUCAUUUAGGAGCUUAUAAGUUAUCAUAAGUUAUUUCUUAGUCAAUUUAGAUUUGUAACGUGUUUUUUUUUUAUUAUUCCAUACAAAUAUCAAUUUGGAGUAUUAAAGCUUUGAUAAUCUGUCUCUCCGUGUUAAAAAAGAGAAUUUACUGUCUCUUUAAGAGACUUUGAACAACUCGUCCUCCAAGACACAGCCCUUAAAUACCGGUAGUCUAGAAACUUCCGCUUCCUGGCCUUACAAUACAUGAAAUAUGUAAAUCCUGGUUAUCUGUUUACUUAUCUAACCCAUUACAGUCCUCACCACAGCUUUACGUACAAGAAAGUCUGCUUGCAGUGUUCUGGAUAUUUUGUGGGAGAAAAUGAACCUGACUGAGUAUUUUGCAAGAAUCGGCUACAAAGAGCCCAGUCACAAAGCAGAUCUGAAAACUCUGACCGAACUCCAUGAGCACCACAUCAGGUCGAUCCCUUUUGAAAACCUCAGCAUUCACUGUGGGGAGAAGAUCACCUUAGACCUGGAAACCAUCUAUAACAAACUUGUGAGAAACAAACGAGGGGGGUGGUGCUGUGAAAACAACCUGCUCUUCUCCUGGGUGUUGAAAGAGAUGGGGUAUGACAUUACCCGGCUGGGGUCAAGGGUAUAUGACAACCUCAAGGACGAUUAUAACCCUCAAGAGUCACAUCUCAUAGCCAAGGUGAUGAUUGAUGGGAAGCCAUACAUAGCCGACGUGAGUUUCGGUGUCUCUAGUCAAAUCUGGCAGCCCCUGGAACUCAUUUCAGGGAAGGACCAGCCUCAGCUUCCUGGCGUCUUCCGUCUUGUUGAAGACAAGGGUGUCUGGGUCUUGCAGAAGACUGGACGCAAGCCUCAUGUUCCAAAUGAAAGCUUUGCUGGUUCCUCUCUGGUUAACAAGAGUCUUUCUAAGAAAAUCUAUUGUUUUACCAUGGCGCCACGCAACAUUGAUCAUUUUGAGCAGACGUGUAAUUUUCUCCAGACGUCUCCAGAAUCCUUGUUCACCAAUAAGUCCCUCUGCUCCUUGCAGACCACCACUGGGUUUCGGGCUGUGAUUGGGUGGACUUACUGUGAGGUCACCUAUAACUACCAGGAAGGUGUUGAUCUGGUUGACGUGUCUACAGUCCCUGAUGAAGAAGUGGAGAAGGUACUCGAAGAGAAGUUUGGUGUGGUAUUAGAAAAUAAACUUGUACCUGUCAACAAUAAAGCCUGUUACAAUAUCUAAGCAUCUUUGCAGGGCAAAUCAUUAUGAUCAAUAAUGUUAAUUUGACAGAUUGAUUUAAUAUUAGAGGUGAAGAACACAACACACAGAUCUUCUGUUAAUAGAAGGAAUGCCUUCUGCUUUGAAAUCAAGUGUUUUUUGCAACCUUUAACACCCUGCUUAAAAUCCAGGCUUCAGCAAGUUUUGAGUAACUAAUAGAGAAUUGUUUUUGACAAGGAUCUUCUGGCAGGUUAACUUUUGAAAUUUCGACAACCUUUGAUCAGACUAGCUCACUCACUCACUAGCUCACUAACUCAUUUCAUUGCUGAGACUGAGUGACAAAAAAUAUAUAAUUUUUUGCUGGAAUGAAGUUGUGUACAUGUAUCAAAACUUAUGUAGGCCCACAAGUAUGAUUUUAAUUAUUUGAAGUACAUUUUCCCUACUUUGUAUAAUUUCUUCUGCAUGUUAGUAUUAAAAUAUGAUACAGUUUCUUGAUUUCCAGACAAACACUAGUGGAUUAGUGUUUUUAGGCAUUGCUAUCUAAACAUUGUAACUGAAUGUAUAUUUAACCUACACCAACUAGUAGUAUUUUUUAGUGCUGGGACAACAUUUCCAACAAACACUGCUUAAUGCAUAUUGAAAGUGAAUACGUCCAUGUUGGUAUUUGUUUCUACAAGAUAAUUUAUAUAAGUCACAAAGAUAUCCUAUGAAGCAAACCCAAACUAAAUAAAUCACACAUUCUACUCCUCAGAAGAGGGAUUUCUCUCCUUUACUCUAAAAUGGUAAUUUUCCAUUUUGUUCAGCUUAUUCAACACAAGAAUAUUUUAAGAUGCAUUUGAAUUUUGAAAGAACAUUCAAACUACAAAACCCCUUGUUCAUCCUAGCAAUAUGAUGUAUUUUAUUUUUUCUACUUAAUUAAAUUGUAACUCUUUGUA